CUCGCCUCCUCGUGUCUCGCACUGCGUCGGCAGGUACAUAAAAAGCCGACGCCCGGCCUACGUGCAAGUCCGCAUGCAUCCUUCCUCUCCCCAUGUCUCUCUCAGGGUGCUGAACCUCCGAGUCGUGCGUUUUCUCGAGACUCAUCAUCAGAAGGGGGCCGGCCAGCUGCCACGACAAGGGCAAUCAGCAUCAUAGGUAGUCAUCCGCCAUGAAGAAGUUUCUCGGGCUCAGGGGCCAGGCCCUCAACCUGGCCGUGGGCACCAUAGCAGGAUGCGACUUUCUCCUCUUUGGUUACGACCAGGGAGUCAUGGGCGGGAUAUUGACUCUCAAGGUCUUCCUCGACGCCUUCCCCAUGAUCAACCCCGAAGCUGCCGGCCUUAGCCACGAUGAGUCGUCGACACGUUCCACCUACCAAGGCAUCGCCGUUGCCUCGUACAACCUGGGUUGCUUCCUCGGCGCCAUCAUCACCAUCUUCAUCGGGAACCCUCUCGGGCGCAAGCGCGUCAUCAUGCUCGGCACCUCCGUCAUGGUUAUCGGCGCCAUCCUGCAGGCCAGCUCCACCACCCUCCCGCAGUUUAUCGUUGGCAGAAUCAUCACCGGUCUAGGCAACGGCGGCAAUACAUCCACGGUCCCCACAUGGCAGUCAGAAACGUCCAAAGCGCACAAGCGCGGCAAGAUGGUCAUGAUCGAAGGCGCGCUCAUCACGUGCGGCAUCAUGAUCAGCUACUGGAUCGACCUGGGCCUGUCCUUCGCCCCGGGUUCGGUCGCCUGGCGCUUCCCGCUCGCCUUCCAGAUCUUCUUCUGCGCCAUCAUCCUCGCCUUCAUCCCCUUCCUGCCCGAGUCCCCGCGCUGGCUCAUCCUCAAGGGUCGCGAGGACGAGGCCAGGGAGGUGAUUGCCGCGCUCGAGGACACCGACACGUCGGACCGCAUCGUCGAGAACGAGUUCCUCGCCAUCAAGGAGACCGUCCUGGAGAUGUCCAAGGGCACCUUCCGCGACCUCUUCACCAUGGACAAGAACCGCAACCUACACCGCACCCUGCUGGCCUAUUUCAACCAGGUCUUCCAGCAGAUCAGCGGCAUCAACCUGAUUACCUACUAUGCGGCUGUCAUCUACAAGGGCCUCGGCAUGUCCGAUUUCCUCUCCCGCCUGCUCGCGGCGCUCAACGGGACGGAAUACUUCCUGGCCUCGUGGCCGGCCGUCUUCCUGGUCGAGCGGGUCGGACGGCGCAACCUGAUGCUCUUCGGCGCCGUCGGGCAGGCGGCGACCAUGGCCAUCCUGGCGGGGGUAAAUUCGCGGCAGGAGACGGGCUUCCAGAUCGCCGGCAUCGUCUUCCUCUUCGUCUUCAACACCUUCUUCGCCGUCGGCUGGCUCGGCAUGACGUGGCUGUACCCGGCCGAGAUCGUGCCGCUGCGGAUCCGCGCGCCCGCCAACGCGCUGUCGACGAGCGCCAACUGGAUCUUCAACUUCCUGGUCGUCAUGAUCACUCCGGUCGCCUUCAACAACAUCGGCUACCAGACCUACAUCAUCUUUGCCGUCAUCAACGCCUUCAUGGUGCCCUGCGUCUACUUCUUCUACCCCGAGACGGCCUAUCGCUCGCUCGAGGAGAUGGACAACAUCUUCCACAAGGUCGCCGACGGCUGGAAGGGCGUCUUCACCGUCGUGCACCAGGCCAAGGUCGAGCCGCGCUGGUACGGCAAGAACGGCGAGCUCCUGGUAGACUACCAGCAGACCGAGGAACACAGGCGUCAUCUGCAACAGCAGGAAGGCGCCGUGACGGCCUCCGAAAAGAGGUCCGUCGAGGGCGCCGGGAGCGGAAGCGGGAGCGGUGAUGUGAAGCAAGACGAGUACAAGGACUGCUGAUGGGACAUGGCGAGAGUGUGGCAAAUACGGGGGGGUGGAAUGGGGAUAAUUAGAAAUCGUUGGCGUGAAUAGAUAAUUAAUACCCAGGAACAGGCGUGAAGAAGCUAGAGCGACAUGGCUCUGUUUUGGAAUAAAGCGGAGGAAAUAAGUAAUUAGACACGCGGUCUGGAAAUAGACAAGCGACUCUGUACAACCUGCUACAUGAGCCAACCUGUUCCCCCC